AUGCUGAAGAACAUUGCCCUCGGCCUGUUGGCCGCUCAGAGUGCCGCGGCGAUGCGGUUUGCCAUGUAUAUUGACGAAUACCAUACUGCCGACCUUCCUGGUGCCAAUCAGACAGGAAACAUUGAUCACGCGAUCAUGGCCUUCGCCCCGACGAACAUCUUCAAUUCCAACUCUGCUCCCUCAUUCACCCCAUUCGAGCCAGUGGACACCAUGCGCAAUCGCUUUGGUCCCGAUACCAAGCUGAUGAUUGCCAUUGGUGGCUGGGGUGACACUGCUGGCUUCUCCGAUGGAGCCAAGGACGAUACGACCCGUCAGCGCUUCGCGAAGAACGUCGCCUCGGUGCUUGAUGCCAACGGCUUUGACGGUGUUGAUAUCGACUGGGAGUAUCCCGGCGGCAAUGGUCAGGACUAUAAGCAAGUCCCCAACUCCGACAAGGUCAGCGAGAUCGACACCUACCCCAAGUUCCUGGCUGCUAUUCGCGAGGCUAUCGGUAACAAGACCCUCUCCAUCGCCGUCCCGGGCCGUAGGCAGGACAUGAUUGCCUUCACCCAGGAGAAGGCGUCCGAGAUCUUCAUGUCUGUCGAUAUGGUCAACGUUAUGAGUUACGACCUGAUGAACCGCCGCGACAACGUGACUGCUCACCACACUAGUGUUGCAGGGUCCCUCGAUACCGUCCAGGCAUAUCUUGAUUUGGGUCUUGAGCCUGAGAAGAUCAACUUGGGCUUUGCCUACUACGCUAAGUGGUUCACCACGGACCCUAACUCCGACUGCAAGGACCACCCGAUCGGCUGCAAUGUUGUCAAGCUCGAGAAUGACGAUGGUAGUGACACUGGCAAGUCUGGUGCUUUUACCUUUGAGAAGGGCGUGAUGGAUCCUCCCCCCGCAGACCUUAAGACUUCUUAUAAUGGCAAGUGUGGCUAUUCGGAGGGCUCCAAGUGUCCCGAUGGAUCGUGCUGCAGUGCUUACGGCAACUGCGGUACCGGCGACGACUUUUGCAUGGCGGGCUGCCAGUCCGACUACGGCACUUGCAAGGGCAUCUCGAUCACUGACUCUUGGCGACGCGCUGAGAAAGACGGCCAGACCGACGAGGAGGCCGGUGGCCAAUACUACUGGGAUGAAGAGACCAACCUCUUCUGGACCUGGGAUACUCCGGACCUUAUUACUCGCAAGUUCCAGGACAUCGUUAACUCCAAGAGCCUGGGUGGUGUCAUGGCCUGGUCACUGGGCGAGGAUACCUACCAGUUUGCCCAUCUUGAUGCUAUGCAGAAGGGCGUCGAAGACUCUACCCAGCAAACUACCGAUGAGUAG